AAAUAAUAUCGCCAUGGAAGGAGGUUCAUUUCUCAACUUUACUUUUCUGCUGCUUGUACUGGCUCUCGCUUCUUCAUCAUUGAUUUCUCCAUUUAUAGCAGAAGCAAGACAAAAGCAAGUGCAUCAAAACAAUGGCCACCACCAUGUGAAGCCUUCCCCUGUACCACCACCACUGCUGUCACCAACUGAAACACCACCAACUGAAACACCACCGACUGAGACACCACCAACUCAAACACCGCCAACUGAAACACCACCGACCGAGACACCACCAACUGAAACACCACCAACUGAGACACCACCAACUGAAACACCGCCAACUGAAACACCACCAACUGAGACACCACCAACUGAAACACCGCCAACUGAAACACCACCAACUGAGACACCACCAACUGAAACACCGCCAACUGAAACACCACCAACUGAAACACCACCGACUGAGACACCACCAACUGAAACACCGCCAACUGAAACACCACCGACCGAGACACCACCAACUGAGACACCGGCAACAGGUACACCAUGGGCACCACCGAAUCCAUAUGACAUAGGAGUGCCAGGACCAGAUCCACCACCAGGAUACGUGAUUCCCCCGUAUCAAACCCAUGGUUGUCACUACCCCUGCAUGGACUCUAAUGACUGUGAUUGGCCAUGUACAGUCUGUUGUUGGAAUAACACUUGUUGCUAUGACUGGCCAGAAGACCCCCCUAUGUUUCGUUAACUCUGUAACUCAAAACAUUAGAUUUCUCUAAACAACUAUGCUUAACUGUACUGUUUUUUUCUUCCGUCAAUAAACAACAUAUAAUCACAUAUUUUCUCUUACAAAAAGUGAUUAAAUUUAUGGAUGAAUAGAGUAAUUCACCAAAACAAAAGCAAUUUCUACUUCCUUCAUUUUAAUAUAGUCGCAAUAUUG